GUCAGGCCGGGGGGGGGCGCGCGAGCGCCGGGCCGUCGUCUGAGGCGAGGCUGAGGCGGCGGCCGUCGGAGAUAAGGCCUCAUGGACGAGCUGGUGCACGACCUGGCUUCGGCCUUGGAGCAGACGUCGGAGCAGAACAAGCUGGACGAGCUCUGGGAAGAGAUGGCGCUGAGCCCCCGGCAGCAGCGCCGGCAGCUUCGCAAGCGGCGGGGCCGGAAGCGGCGCUCCGACGUCGCCCACCUGGCAGAGCACGCCUGCUGCUACAGCGAGGCCUCGGAGUCCAGCCUGGACGAGGCCACCAAGGACUGUCGGGAGGCGGCCGCCGCCGCCGCCGCCAACUUCAGCGAUUCCGAUGACACGCCGGUGGCCGGGCGGCACCCCGCGCUUGGCGCCACCUUAAAGAGCAGGCAGCAUUCCUGGCCCGAGUCCGACUCCUUUACCGAGAACGGGCCCGGCAGGCCCCUCCGGCGCCGGCGGAAGGUGAAGCGGGUCACGUCGGAGGUGGCCGCCAGCCUCCAGCAGAAGCUCAAGGUGUCGGAGUGGACCUACGAGAGGGGCUGCCGCUUCAAAUCGGCCAAGAAGCAGCGUCUGUCCCGCUGGAAGGAGAACGCCCCCUGGUCCUCGGCGGCCCACGGGCUCUGCGAGCCGGCGGAAAACAGGACCUUUCUCGGCAAAACGGGCCGGAAGGAGAGGAUGGAGUGCGAAGCCGACGAACAGAAACAGGGCUCUGACGAGAACAUGUCAGAAUGUGAAACCAGCAGCGUGUGCAGCAGCAGCAGCGACCCGGGCCUCUUCACCAACGACGAAGGCCGCCAAGGGGAUGAUGAACAGAGUGACUGGUUCUAUGAAGGAGAAUGUGUCCCCGGAUUCACUGUCCCCAACCUCCUACCCAAGUGGGCACCAGAUCACCGAUCUGAGGUGGAGAGGAUGGACCCGGGCCUCGACAAGCUUUCCGACUCUACAUUCCUUUUGCCGUCUCGACCGGCCCAGAGAGGGUUCCACGCCCGCUUAAAUCGUCUACCUGGAGCAGCAGCGCGAUGCCUCAGAAAGGGGCGGAGGAGGCUUGGAGGCAAGGAAAGCAGCCUGGGCCACGAUAGGCUAAACCACAUCAUGAACGACCCGCGUCAGAAAGAAAAGAACAAAACGUUGCCUUCUGAUUACCCUCACAUGCCUGCCUGUGCACACGAGUUUAAUCCCCUGUCUCCCCUUUACUCUCUGGACGUCCUUGCUGAUGCUUCCCACCGAAGGUGCUUAGCAGCGCACUGUUCUGCCAGCUCACCACACAGCAACUGUUUGGAUGCCCUACUGGCAGUUACUGUCCUCAUGUAUCCCACUCAGCAAAAUUGUACUGAGACAGACAAGCAUACACUUGGGACCCCUGUGUUCAAGGGACAUCAAGAGGAAACGAAAGCCAGCAGCCACAGCUUCUCUUUCCAGUCCAACCACAGCAGCUUUACCUGUUCCCACGGAUGCAGCAGACCCGUCCCCGGCGCCGGCUCAGAGAGCUCUAAACUCCGAAUGGAUGGUCAGAAACCAUACAGGAGAGAAAGCCACUGGUUCAACCCCAAGAUCCUUUUUUAAAAUGCCACAGGAGAAAAGCCCAGGAUACAGCUAGAGGCAUUUCUGCCCCCGGAAAGUCAGCUGGAUUGUUCGGUUUUUUGGUUUUUGGUUUUCUAAAUGGACUUCGGGCGGUCGGACCCCCAAUACUUCAGGUGGCAAUACCCAUCCGUACACACUCACCUUCGUCAAGAGUGACUUAGUCUCACUCUUGAAAACAUCAUACGUGUGACUCUGUGCAAAAGCAAUUGUACUGUUGGGGCACAUCUUUUUUUUAAAAAAAAAAAUGUCCCCGCUCUGCUGUAUUUACAACGCGGUCGUUCCUGUCCCGACAGCUCCAUUCAGCUUCAGGCCCACAGCCGAUGCUUUUCUGCUACUGAUUGUCUUUGUUGUUGUGAAAACUGGUGAUUCCUUGUGUGUAGACUGCUUGACUGCUAGGUCCUCCAGCGCCACAGAGGAAGAGAGACUCCGCAGCCAGCCGGGCCAAGGACAGAAUUCAAGCCCUGCCAGGAGCCACGUUCUGAGGGCGGUAGGAGGCAGGAAACGCGCGCCCGGCUUUUCAGAUUUGGAAUUUGGUCUCUCUUCAGACCCGAGUGCCAACGGGACUUACACCACCUGACUUCCAAAGAGUAAGGAUCAGCCAGGACCUCCUUAGUCCUUCCUCCCGUGCUGGGAGGGGCCGAGUUUUCGGGACCGGCUGUAUUCUGCCUUCAUGUCACACAGAGCCUCCUCCUGCAUGAGCAGGCACGUUAGAGCAAGGAGAAAAAGUUGGGCCCGCAGCACCGCUCAGGUAUUCAUUGAGGUUUCUCCGGAGCGAGCCUGCUGGACAAAGGGGAAUCUCCCCUACUGCCGGGGAGCUAUAGCGUGUAUGCGGCUGGGCCUCCGGGCCGGUAACCUGAGGUAACCAGCUGUGGUGUCGGCCUCUUGGAGUUGGCUUCCAAACAAAAUUCCCAAUGUCCUCUCCUCAUAGUUUCUGUCUGAUUGGGGGCCGGGCCACAUCCGCUUUCAGUCCCGCUUACAGCCUUCCAGCAGCCGGGGGAAAUCCACUGAUUCCAAAUCCGGCCCUUAAAGCACUUCCAGAGUCCCAGCAGCGGGGACUUCUUUUGAAUUUCUUUGGCGCUUUACACAGCGUAAGAGAGAAUCUAAGCCCUCUGGCUCCCAACUUCAUCCCCCUCUUUCAGGCCCCCCUUGGGAGAGCCUUCCUCCAGCUUCUCUCGUUUCUACAUUGAAAGAGGGGCCGAGAAGGAGCCGACGUCCCACUCUCCGAGCUCCAAAUUGCUUUCCGCUCGGCCGCGAGUAAUGGAGAGCGCCCUAACUGUUUUCCCUCCUCAGAUGUACUUGGCUUGGCAGUACUGUCUACUUUGGAGAGGCUCAGGGCUCGCUUUUCUAAUUCAUGCCUCAGAGAGGUUUAUGUAAUAAUGGCAAAUACGGUCUUUUUUUAAAUCAUCCCUCCCCGCAGUGAAUGUCAAAGAGCCACUUGCUUCCUAGGGGCUCCGAAUGCUUUAUGAGCAUUAGCUCCCUGGGUGAAAGAGGCCCAGAAAGGGCCAUUUUAACCAAUUGCCACAAUAACCAAUGGGAAAGCAGUCAUAGGGAGGCGAACUGACUAGCCCGAGGUCAAUAAAAGCCAGAGCUAGAAGGCAAGGGUCCUAAACCCAGGCCAGAAUUCUGUUCACGACACCAAACUAUGAAGUGCUCCCGUCUUGGCAGUAUUUGCAGAAAGAACCUCCUUACUCCUUUGGCUACCUGAUAACUCUUUACACCACAGCAUAUAUAUAUAUGGGGAGGAGUGUGUAAGGAUCCCUGCCCCCUUCCCCUUUUCUGGGCCCCAAAUUAGCCUCUUUUUGGAUCGUCUACAUCUCGAUUACAUGCACCGACUCUCAGCUAAAUUUAUGGAAAGCCCCUUCGAUGUCACAUGUCCACCCUGGGUUGUGGGGUGCUCUGGUGUGAUGGGUUCGCUAUUUCUAAGAGGGGACUCAAGAAACCCGAAUUAAGCAUACCUCAUAAAGAGACCGAAAACAACCUGGGCUUGCCCGGGAGAGCGGCACUCCAUUAAGCACAGAGGUGCUUUUUAACAGACGGUUGCGACAGCGCUCCUCCAGUGGGGUGCUGUAUCAGUAUGCUUCAGAAAUGAUGGGUUAUUUCUCAUUGUGAUGCUUGGAUUUCCAUUUUCUUCGGUUAAGAGUAACUCUGUGUUUGAGUUUUCUAAGUCUACUUUUUAUUAAAAUAUCACAACAUUUAAAAGCUAAUCCCGAGGUGUUUCAAAUCUAUUUUGGGGUGGACUCCUAAAACGAAAGAAAUAAAGUUGUAGAUAAUCAUCGCAGAAAACUUGAAACAGACUUCAGCCAGAUGCCUUCCGUGGGACUGAACUACUGACAGACUCAUUGGGGCAAUAACUAAGUCUGAAUCUUAAAAAAAUCCAUUGAGCUCUAUUCGUUUAUCCUUAAGGCUGGAUCUGCCCAUGUA